AUGUCGUCGCUCCUGUCGAGGCUGCGGCUGGUGACCGUGGACGUGACGGGCACCCUGAUCGCCUAUAGGGGCCAGCUCGGCGACUACUACUGCAUGGCGGCCAAGUCCGCCGGGAUGCCGUGCCCGGACUACGGGCGCGUGCACGAGGGCUUCAAGCUCGCCUACGCCGACAUGAGCAGGAGGCACCCGUGCUUCGGCCACGCCGCCGCCAUGCCCGCCGCCGAGUGGUGGAAGACGUGCGUCAGGGACUCCUUCGUCAGGGCCGGCUACAACUACGACGACGAGACGUUCGAGAGGAUAUUCCGGCGGAUCUACUCCACGUUCGGCUCCGCCGCGCCGUACGCGGUGUUCCCGGACGCGCAGCGGUUCCUCAGGUGGCUGCGGGAGGAGGGCCUCGUCGUCGGCAUCGUCAGCAACGCCGAGCACCGGUACAGGGACGUCGUUCUGCCGGCGCUGGGGCUCAACCAGGGGUCGGAGUGGGACUUCGGGGUGUUCUCGGGCGUCGUCGGCGUGGAGAAGCCCGACCCGAGGAUCUACGAGGCGGCGCUGCGGCAGGCGGCCGGCGGGGGCGUGGCGCCUGGGGAGGCGCUCCACAUCGGCGACAGCCUGCGCAAGGACUACGCCCCCGCGCGGAGCCUCGGGAUGCACGCGCUGCUGCUGGACCGGUUCCGGACCGCCGAGGCGGAGAGCUGGCGGAGGUCCGGCGCGCCCGUGCUUCCGGACCUCGUCGCCGCGCGGGAGUGGCUCGUCGGGGGUCACAGUCACAGGGAGGAAUGCGCGGAUCAGCCUGUCACGGCCAGGUGA